UCUUCAGUCUUAAGCAUCAUGGCCAACAUUUGCCCUCAUCUGGUCCAUGCAUUGGCAUUUUGCUUGCUGGCCACUAAUUUAGUAGCUGCUGAUUUCUGGCCUUAUGCUUCACCACCUCAGUCACAUUAUGUUCACAAGUCGUCGCCACAUUGGUGGUCAUCGCCACCUUAUUACUAUAAUUCACCAAACCCGGACUGGUAUAAGUCCUCACCGCCACCUUCUUCAUCACCUCUUUACUACUAUAAGUCACCACCACCUCCAUAUAAGUUGCCACCGCCUCCUUAUUAUUACAAAUCACCUCUACGUCCAAAAGCAACCCCUCCACCCCUAUAUUACUAUAAGUCGCCACCUCCACCAUCUCCAUCACCUCCUCCUUAUAUCUAUAAGUCUCCACCACCGCCUUCACCAUCACCCCCUCCAUACAUUUACAAGUCUCCACCACCUCCUCCUUAUAUCUAUAAAUCUCCACCACCACCAUCUCCAUCGCCACCUCCUCCACCGUCACCUUCACCACCUCCUCCAUAUAUCUAUAAAUCACCACCUCCUCCAUAUGUCUACAAAUCGCCACCUCCACCAUCACCUUCACCACCUCCACCAUAUAGCUAUAAAUCACCUCCACCUCCAUCUCCUUCACCACCUCCUCCAUAUGUCUACAAAUCACCACCUCCACCACCUCCUCCAUAUACCUAUAAAUCACCUCCACCUCCAUCUCCUUCACCACCUCCUCCAUAUGUCUACAAAUCACCACCUCCUCCAUAUACCUAUAAAUCACCACCACCUCCUCCAUAUGUCUACAAAUCACCCCCUCCACCGUCACCUUCACCACCUCCUCCAUAUACCUAUAAAUCACCUCCACCUCCAUCUCCUUCACCACCUCCUCCAUAUGUCUACAAAUCACCCCCUCCACCAUCACCUUCACCACCUCCUCCAUAUACCUAUAUAUCACCUCCACCUCCAUCUCCUUCACCACCUCCACCAUCUCCUUCACCACCUCCUCCAUAUACCUAUAUAUCACCUCCACCUCCAUCUCCUUCACCACCUCCACCAUCUCCUUCACCACCUCCACCAUCACCUUCACCACCUCCUCCAUAUACCUAUAAAUCACCACCACCUCUAUCUCCUUCACCACCUCCUCCAUAUGUCUACAAAUCACCACCUCCUCCAUAUAUCUAUAAAUCACCACCACCUCCAUCUCCUUCACCACCUCCUCCAUAUGUCUACAAAUCACCCCCUCCACCAUCACCUUCACCACCUCCUCCAUAUGUAUACAUGUCACCACCUCCACCUUCUCCAUCACCUCCUCCUCCUUACUUGCAUAAAUCUCCACCACCUCCUUCACUUUCACCGCCUCCUCCAUAUGUAUAUAAAUCUCCACCACCUCCAUCAUCAUCGCCUCCACCUCCUUAUGUUUACAAGUCCCCACCACCACCAUCUCCAUCACCACCUCCUCCAUAUGUCUACAAAUCACCACCACCUCCAUUGCCAUCUCCUCCUCCUCCAUAUGUUUACAAAUCCCCACCUCCUCCCUCUCCUUCUCCACCUCCUCCAUAUGUUUACAAAUCCCCACCUCCUCCCUCUCCCUCUCCACCUCCUCCAUACAUUUACAGGUCACCCCCACCCCCAUCUCCAUCACCACCACCUCCAUAUAUCUACAAAUCCCCACCUCCACCAUCUCCUUCACCACCUCCUCCAUAUGUUUAUAAAUCACCUCCACCUCCGUCACCAUCACCACCUGCUCCAUACAUUUACAAGUCUCCACCACCAAGUUCUCCAUCACCUCCACCUCCAUACAUUUACAAGUCGCCUCCUCCUGUAUCACCAUUGCCUCCUCCUCCAUCUUCAUCACCUCCACCUUCUGCACCUCCGCCUCCAUACAACUGUAAUUAUCCUCCUCCACCAUCUCCCUCACCUCCUCCACUCUACUAUUACAAAUCACCACCACCACCUUCUCCAUUACCACCGCCACAAUAUUAUUACAACUCUCCUCCACCUCCCUAUGGUUACUACUAAACAUAUCACACUUUGCUCUUGGACCAUGUCUGCUUCAUCAAUGCACAAUGCUAGCAAACAAAUCUUUGUUGAAUUACUACAUAUUCUCUCAAUAAAGGUUUGUUUAUAUUUAAGGAAAUGCUCGAUUGACAGUACUCAAAAUAUCUUGAAGAAGGCAACACUGUAACCGCUUUGAAGCAUUUUACUUUCAUUCACUUGUACUUUUGAGACAGUUUAUU